GCGCUUCCAGGACGAUGAAAUGGGAAGAAUCGUUCCCGGCUAACUAAAACAUUAUAUUCAGAAGCGUUUGAGCCACAUCAAGGUUUAUGUAUAUGUCCCUAGGAAACGUGAAGCACGGGGGGAAUAUCUUGAUUGUAAAAAGUGGAUUGAGCUGAAAGGUUUUGAAUGGAUGAAAGAGGAGAGGGGAUUGCGAAUCUUUUAUUGGCAACGUUGGAAGGAGAAAACUUUUCAUUGCCGUUUUUUCAAUUCGAUUCAUGAAAUAGGUACAGUGUGGAACUCACUGACAGCCAUAUUUUCAGUUCCAAGCAAAUGCGAUAAAAAUAACCUCGUAGUGCCCUGGUGGAUCGGGCUCUGUUUUUUUAUUCAUCCCUUGAGGAUAGCGUGCGUCGAGUCUGAACUUCAGAUCAUCCCCAUCAAACUACAGAAAAUGUCCAAAAACACCAACUCAUAACUUGUGCAAGUUAAGCCAUAAGUAAUCCAGGCCGAGAUUGCAGGAGAUAAGCGAGCGAGCAGGACGUACCUGACGCUAGUCCAUAACAUCUCUGGUUUAUCGCCCCGCUGUCAGUCAGCCCCCUGAAGUUUAUAUCCCAGGAUUUCUACAAUCAGCGAGGAUAACACGGAAAUAUAGAUGUCUGGAAAGUUACCCCCCCUGCAUUUCUACCAACCUUCUAACAAGAGUGCGGAGCUCAUCGAAUCUCGACAGCAGCGAAACUACAAUAGUUGAGAGUGAAAGCGCCCCUCGCGUAGUUCUCCUAGCGAUCGCCAGCCUCUGGCUGCUCACCAAGCGACGAAGGACGCGGGAAGUUUGCACACAAGAAAUAGAUAUUCCAAACUUGUCAGCCCCGUAAUGAACCGGUAACAGCUGCGAAGACGGUGGUAUGGGGCGGGCUGUGGUAGUUGUGUAUCCAUCACAAUGAAAGGGAGAGAGACACGCUAAACAGAUAUUGGCUUAUAUUGGUGUUUCUCCACGCUUGACCUGGGGAAAAAAGGAGGCGGUCUUUCUUUGAGUUGUGUGUGUGUCCUGUGUGAGAUGUGAGGAGAGCGAGAAUUGCAAGGGAGUAGCAGGGGAGUCAGCUGACGGUGGGAGUCACUGCGUGAGUGGCUAACGCUUGUUCUGGUGAUUGGCGGAGCCCCAUGCAUGUGCUGUGUACGACCGACCCAGUGUUCUAGACUCCGAGUAAAGGAUAUACACUAUUGGACUUAACAUCAACAGGUGGGCUGGUACUAUACUCCACAAGAAUCGAUGGAAUUCAAGGAAGCACGACCCAUUCCCCAAGGCCAUCUACAUAUUGAAAGAGGAAAAUCAGAAUGAGUCGUCGAGCAAGUGAUUUGUGCUCUCUGUUUGUGUCCUUCAUAUACCUGUGGGUUCUCACCCCGUCUGCGGGCGAUGACCUGACGACGUUAGCACCCUUGCCGAAGUUCCUGAAGACGGACACAAAUGUGACUUUCAACAAAGGAGAAGAAGCCAAGCUGCAGUGCGCCAUACAAAACAUUGGCACACGAACGGUAGUUUGGCGUCGUUCUUCUGACCCAAACCCUCUGACUAUCGGAACCACAACGUAUUUCCGGGAUAAACGUCUUUUUGUAAAUCAUGAGAAACUCUCCCUGGAGUGGAACCUCCAUAUCCGGAACGUGUCCCUGGAGGACGCUGGUGUCUAUGAGUGUCAAAUCAGCUCAAAGACAAGGAGCAUUCGCCAUAAUGUUUUACUGAGGGUCGAGGAUGCACCCUUCAGGCCAACCUUUAAACCAGAUAUUAAAAUCUCCGGUCCCAGUUACGUGGAGAAAGGAAAUGCAUUGCGCCUUGUGUGUAACGCCACAGGAGAUGGGUAUCCCCCCGAUGGCAUUGAUUGGUUCAAGGACGGUCACAAGAUCACUCAGGAUGACCGACUUCAUAUUCAGAUCGUUAUGUCUAUCGUGGAGAGAACCAUAAUAAGCUCGUUGUAUAUCAAGAGAGCCAAGAUGACCGAUGCUGGGACGUAUGUUUGCAGAACAUCGGAUCUUCAGAUUACAAGCACCAAAGUCGUUAUUCUCAAUACUCAAACGAACAACGAGAAAAGAGAUAUGAAUGAUGACACGCCCAAGGGCUCAGGUGCUGGAAGGAGGUGUGCUUCAUGGCGAGACAUUGUGUUUGUGACGCUCUUUGCAGUGAUACUCAUUCUUAAUCCAAGAUGAUGCCUGUGUCUGUCAACAGAGAAUAUGUGAGGUGUAAUGCAGUCUCUUGCUGAAUUCACAGAUUGGGAUAUUUAUGUUUGUGUGGGAGGCAAUAAUGUCUGCUGUUAUUGUGUGUUAAACGGAGGCCUCAAAGUACAACAAUUGAAACCCAAGUGAGGUGGUUUCGUCAGAGAGGUUUGGUCCUACAUAAUCAGCAAACUCGGAACACUGCCAAAUAAACUUGAAGAAUGGACGAGCAGUGGGACCAUUACGCAUGGAAUGGCGGAAAUUCAAGAUUAGGAGUUCUUCCGUAUUUGUCUUGACAACUUUCUAGUUUUAAUAGUUCGCCGACGUGGCUGAACGCCACUGCCGCUGAUAAAGACAAUUAAAGAUUCAGCGAGUGGUUCUCGGAGAUAUGGAGAAGGGUUCUACCCCAUGCAUCGGUAUUUUAGUAGUCUGUUGAGAUUCACCUGCUGAUGUGGCUCGAUACUGCCACAUUCACUUUCAUCGAAGUGCGCACGCAGGUUGCCGCCAUCUUGAGUCGUGGAGGAACUACCAGACGCUGUAGAGAGCUGAUGUACACUUUGUAUGGAGUUUCAUUGCUAAAUGAGUAUGGUGAAAUGCGAUUCGUCAUGUUGCAUGCCGUGUUCAGGAGUAAGGAUUUACGGGUCAACGAGAGUGAACAAAACAAUAUUGCAAAGAAUCCCGAUUCCAGAAAGCAAAGAAGUUAUAGUGGCAUACUGCAACCUGUCUAAAGUUAUUGGUUCCAUGUCUACCUCCUGCAUUAUUAUGAUCAAUCAUGGAUUUGAGACUUAAAAUACCACCACAAGCUUUAGUUGAUAAAAUAUAUAUUUUCCAUAUCUCUGACCUAGUGUCAUCACGAUGGAUAGUGGAAGUAUCAAUUGACGAUGUUUCUAUUUUGUUAUUUCCGAACAGUUUUCUUCAUUUUUAUACGAUGAAUAUAUUAGUUGAACACGUACGUUCUGAAUUGACUAACAAGUGCCACUAAAAAAAUGUAAAUAAUAAAACACUUUUCGUCUAAUUAUUUCAGAACAUGAAAGUUUUCCGUUAAAUGUAAUCAAUGUUUUAGUGACGGCGAAUAGUAGGUAUAUUGACUAAACAUAGUGCUAAUUUACUGAUACCCGAAAAGUUGUAAUUGCAUCCACCAGAAGGCGUGUUGGAAUCAAUAGCAGUGUCAGGAGCGGACCCGAAUUGAAGCACUACUUUGCAACCGUGUAAUAAUUGCUUCUUGUAGCGUCCAACUUGGCAGCAUGUUAUGCCAAGACCAAGCGGUCCACAGCACACAGCCAGAGCACAUUGUGUGAAGUGUUGUCAAUAGUACGAAGACAUCUUCUAAAAGAUAGCAUACACACUGAGCUGACACGCAUUCAACACAACCGUGGAAGUCAUGCAAAGCUUCUCAAGACACAAGAUAAAAUGUAUAUGCAUCUUAAUCCGAACACUAGAGCUUUAUGUUUCUGCUGUUAAACAUAAUGUCUUUUUGGCGCCCCAGAGAACAUACAUUCACCGUAUCUGACUUCAUUUUUAACACAAAAGCUAAAAUUACUCCCCCUGGUCCUAAAUAUGACAUCUAAAUGAGAGCUAUUAAGCUGUUGCACCUAUAAUUAACCCUUAUAAAAAUGCCACAUUCUCUCAGUAUGGAAUUUGUUAUGUGAUAGUAAUGAAGAACAGAGUCUAACGAUGAAGGGUGAAAUGGGUCAUCACAGAUAGCGUAUCAAUGUGAUCUGAUACAGGCUCACAGCGACGCUUGGAGUGAGCUAUGAAGGCAGUUGACUGCGUGCACGCGCUUGGAACCAGGACAGAGGACGCGUUUAUAGACGAUAGUAAUGUUUGAUGACAGUAAUAAACGCUGCGAUUGCUACAUGCUACCUUUGAGGCAUCAACAAUCAAAUACGUUUAUUUAUAUAGCACGAAAGAACGGAAUACCUCCUCAGCUUACAAGGAAAAAUCAAGGUUGUCAUGUAACUGGUGAGACUUUUAUCAUUGUUAGAUUUGUAGAUUGUUAUCCGUCACCUGAUUAAACCUUUAAGGUCAAUUGAUGUGAAAUUGAUGUAAACUGGCGGCAAACAGACUGUUAAAGUGUAUCACAUUAACGUCAACCCGAAGCACGUGCUAACUUCCCGGAUGAAGAUGAACUUCAAAAGGCAGCAGACGAUGUUCCGUCGGGGUACGGAAAUAUCACGUAUAGCGGGAUGUCGUAAAGGCGACGUUUAACGCCUAUAACGACGUUGCAGUGAGCAGAACACAAGACGGGAAUAGGUUCAGUGCCGGGCAGCACUAGCUGACAUUGUAAUGGACUGGCACCAUUAUCAGCUCAUCUACAUGUAGAAAUCCCCAUCUGUUACUUAAUGCAUUGAUAAGGCUUUCCUUAUCACGUUAUACAUGUAUAAACUGAAUGAGUCAUAUUACAAAUUGUAGACAGAGCACAGCAUAAUCAGUGGACAAUCUCCUCCUGAACCACUAUCAGGGGGCAUCCAUACACAAGUAAUAAUUCUUCACCAGCUGGAGCAAUGCAUGACGAAAGUAUUUAAAUAUGCCUGAUUUAUUUAGUUUCUCAUUCGAAUAUUGAAUUGUUUUCUUAGCAAUACGAAUGGGAACUAUUCUUUUCAGUGUACAUUGUAUUUUAUGAAGAAUCGUUUUAUUCAUAUAGCCUUCCUCGUGUGCACAUGCGACGUCUCAUUGGCUACAAGAGACUAACUGACUGUCUGCCAACAAAUGCCAUCUGUUGUCAUGAAUGAAAUCCUACUUUAAUAAGAAGAUAUGUUGGUAGUAGCUGUUAUAAUUAUUGCUUUCCUGACAUUUUAGCAUGAUAUGGAAAAGGUGUGUUUCUAACAAUGCAUUGUGGUGAACAUGUAAUAUGUCAUUCUUUGAGAAGAUAUCAUUAGCCAUCUUGUGUUAUGAAAUGAUUUGUAUUCAAACAUAUAUGAACUUGCUGAUAUCCAAAGGUAGCCUAUGUGUCAUGGCAUUUGGCGUUCCAUUACAUUGUUUUGCAUGGAGUAUAAUAUCAUUAAAACACUGCACUGGCAUUGUAAGAACCAAUAGUAACGAACUUCUACCUUACCGGUACGCAAGGAAUGUGUCUCAUAAAGGUUUAAAUACAUGUAAUAGACACAAACGAAACAUAAAUAGUGAAUAAUAGACAUAAUUAAAAGCUGAUUACUAUCGCAUGUCACAGUAAACAAACUGGUCCCGGCACUGUAUAGUUUUUAGGGUUUGCGAGUGCCAAUGUUAUGGACACAUGCUGUAUAUUAUUGUAUAUAUAAUACACUUCAGCGACCCCGAUGAAUAUACCGUGUUUUAUGUAUUUAUUUCCGUUAACACUGGCAUUGAAAACAUUGGCGUGGAGCCUGCGUUAUUAUGACAUCUAUGAACGUUUUCCUCUGCUUAAAACAAGCGAUAAGAUAUGGUUUUGUCAGAAAACAUAGUCAUGAAAUCUACAUAUAUAUAUUUAUCAUAGGCCUGUAAACAUAACGUAUGUGUAUAUAUCUCCCAAUGAGUCUACCAGUUACCGUCUCGCCUCUGAACAACGUCUCUCGAUGGACUGAACUCACUUGACACGUUGAAGACCAAAUGGAACAGUUUCUCAUUUUUACCCUAAUGUUAGAUGGCCAUGCAUACAUAUAAGGACAACAAAGAGAUGAAAAGAAUGAUAAAGAGACGAAAUUAAAUUUCAAAUCCUUAUGUCAAAGGGUGCUGAGGAGAAAUCUAAGAAUAAUUGCUGCAAAUUAUAUUUGCAAUUCAAUUUGCGUUGUUAUCUGAAUGUUAACAACUUGGAAGAACCACCAUGGGGUUUAUUCUGGUACUACAUUUGGCAUGCAUCGUUAACUUUGCAACCAAUUUUUGACAAACGAGUUAAUUUCGACUUUUUACAACCCAAAUCCUUGGUUUCAAGAGUAAGUCAACCUUUUAAGACGGCGUUACAGUAUGAUUAGAACGUACAGCAUUUCAUCCGAUAAGCCAUCAAUUAGGUCGUCACACAUCGUGUCUGUUUCAAUAAUUAGACCCAGAGGUAUUUACAUUAAGUAAUUAAUUAACGCUUGGGGUCACAUUACUCUCAUGCAUGCUAACGGAAAUUAAAGAGGUUACUCGACAUUCCCGAUGGAACCAAAGCCAAAUCGUCCAUAGUCCAUUAGAAGGCCCCAUAGUAAAUGGACGUAGCUGUGUGGAAAGCGCAACCUCUGAAUAUUGGUCUGCUCCUUGAAACAUUAACUUGAGAAGUCGAACAACUUCGCUCUGUCGACAUGAAGCCAACCGUAACUCGCUCGACUUUCCGUCGGAUGUUCAGAAGUCAGUUUGACAAGCACUUCUUCUUAAAGUACAUGCCAUGCAUUUGUGGGUGAUGUAGUGGCCCGAAUGAUGUGACAAAAACAAAUCACUUGAUCGAUCCACCAGACGAAAAAGUCGGAAGAAGCUCACUCUAUUCCACGUCUUUAACUAGCAUGCCAGCAAUGCUCCUAUUGUUCCCUUUGGCAGACCAGCAACAUAUCGCCUUUGUUUAAAGUUACGCCCCCAAGCGAGCUGGAACGCUUUCACACCUGUCGUGGCUCGUUCGGUUCGCGCUGCCUGGUAUAUCCUGCAUUUUCUGUAGUUGGUCGCGGCAUCCAGUUUCUGCAAAGUGUAAAAAUAUAAUCAUGGACAAUGUGAUAGUACACUGAACUACUAAUAUCCCUUUGGGAGAAUAUAUUCAACUGUAGAUCACAUAAUCGUAAGUUUAUGUAUGCUGUCCUUUACAAUUUCACACACAGUAAAUUAACCUUGCAUAUAAAGAAUAGUAUUCAAUAUGUAAUCCACAUAAUCAUUCGUUAACCCAGGGUUUUGUAGAUGGUUGAAAUAUUGUGUCGAGGAGACAAUUGAGCAGUGUUUAUGUCCUUUUUAGUGGUGGCUGGUUCAGUGGACAAUACCGGUCACUCGCCACCUUAGACGGUCCUCAGUUCUCCCGUCACCAUGCUAUGCCAAUCUACCCUCUCCAGUAUGCCGACUGUGCAAUGUGUAUAGCAUAGUUAUUUAUGGAACAACAAUCGGACAAAUCGAACACUACGUCUUGGAUUGAUUGUCCUAUUUGGGACUAUAACCCGUCAGUGAUAAAUUUUAUAUGUACAAUUGCUUCUCAUGUGUCUAUGUCCAAGAGUUUAGAUUUCAGCAAUGAUGAACCUCAGGAACGUUAUACCUGCAUUCACACGAUUCACUGUGGCAUAACUUGACAUGAAACAUCAUUCAGCAAGGUAAUAUAUACUGUAAAAUGCCAUUCGAGUGUAUCCUGGGCACUUCGUGAUUAUCAAUCUCGUUUUCAAGUCAUAGAAUUGGACAUGAUACGUUUAUGACAUCAUCUUCCACAGACGUUGUGUAUUUGGAUAUGUAGAAUGUAUUGUAUGUUAAAUUUGUCAAUGCCCAAAAUGUUCCACUGCCAUGAGGUAUGAGAUGAAGGUCAUAUAAUUGAACAUGUGUGUCAUUUUCUGUUUCAUACUGCCCAAACAGAAUCCAUUGGGCAUAGAGGGUGAUAGUGAUGAAACUAACAUGAAUUGAUCACAGAACAUCAGCGACACUCUCGCAUGUGAAAAGUGCAUCUUAGUGUACACUAGCAAAGGUGUACGUUCUGAAUUAGCAGCCAUAUGUUUAUACCCACACGUUAAACAUCGUAUCGUGUUAAAUAGUUAUUGUAGGUAUCAUAGAAUUGAAUGAAACCCAAUCGAUUGCAUUCAUAAUAUUCAGUAUAAUACUGUUAUUUUGUUUAGGUAACUGAUUUGUGAUUAUAUUCUUUGAAAGCAGUACAUGUAAGCAGUACUUAAGAACUAGUUCCUGUCAAACGAGAAAAAUAAGACAGCGAUAAUCAAACGUGAAAGAAAUUCAGAAUACACAGUUUCUAAGCAGACCCGCUGUGUCUCCUUUUGAGUUUUUUUGUUUCAUCAAACGGAAGUAACUGCAUAAUGUACCUGUAAAUGUACGAAGCAACUUAACAGUUCCGAAUAAACCGUUUCGUACAUGUCAUUUGUUGUGACGAGUUGUAAGCAUUUCAGCUACCAUUCAAAUUACUGUAUUGAUUAGCUCCGAUGUCCCAGGGAUGUCGUAUACUACCUCUGUGUCUCCCAUCUCGGUAAGCUGGGGUGCCCUGACACCUCUGUGUCUCUCAUCUCGGUAAGCUGGGGUGCCCUGACACCUCUGUGUCUCUCAUCUCGGUAAGCUGGGGUGCCCUGACACCUCUGUUUCUCCCAUCUCGGUAAGGAGGGGUGCCCUGUCACCUCUGUGUCUCUCAUCUCGGUAAGCUGGGGUGCCCUGACAUCUCUGUUUCUCCCAUCUCGGUAAGGUGGGGUGCCCUGACACCUCUGUGUCUCUCAUCUCGGUAAGCUGGGGUGCCCUGACACCUCUGUUUCUCCCAUCUCGGUAAGCUGGGGUGCCCUAACACCUCUGUGUCUCCCAUCUCGGUAAUGUGGGGUGCCCUGACAGCUGUGUGUCUCCCAUCUCGGUAAGCUGGGGUGCCCUGACACCUCUGUGUCUCUCAUCUCGGUAAGCUGGGGUGCCCUGACACCUCUGUUUCUCCCAUCUCGGUAAGCUGGGGUGCCCUAACACCUCUGUGUCUCCCAUAUCGGUAAGAUGGGGUGCCCUGACACCUCUGUGUCUCUCAUCUCGGUAGGCUGGGGUGCCCUCACACCUCUGUGUCUCCAAUCUCGGUAAGAUGGGGUGCCCUGACACCUCUGUGUUUCCCAUCUCGGUAAGCUGGGUGCCCUAACACCUCUGUGUCUCCCAUCUCGGUAAGCUGGGUGCCCUAACACCUCUGUGUCUCCCAUCUCGGUAAUGUUGGGUGCACUGACAGCUGUGUGUCUCCCAUCUCGGUAAGCUGGGGUGCCCUGACACUUAACAGUAAUUAGACCUGUCAGGUGUUUUUGUGAAAUGUACAUGUAAGGUAACAUUGAACCUGAAGGUUUAGGGUUUGCCAUUUUCUUCUCGAAUUUUGCGUCUGUAUUGAAUUAAAGGGAAUGCAUUAAUUUGUAAACUUACCAAAAUAACACUUUCGAGGCUGGCUCUGUAGAAAAUAUGUCAAAUUGCGAUCAUUUAUUUGUUACUUCAAAAAGUGUGUAAUACAUUGUAUCAUAAAUAGAACUGAAUGAGUCUUUAACAAGUCAUAUUUGACGUUUAAAGUAAUAUAAUGUGUACGCUAUGGUGUAUAUUAUUUGACGUUACAUACAUUGUGUCUUUCGAAGUUUUUGGUUUAUUUUAAAAACGUGUUUGAAUGGACCCUGCUAGCUCCAAAGACACUGAGUCCACGAGCAGUCAGACUGACGAAUGCCUAGGUAUAGUGGAGAUUUUCCCUGCAUGGAACACGUCACGUGAUUCAUCCCGUGGUGAUUCACGUGAAGUCUAAAGAUUAUACAUACACUAGAUAUGUUUGUAUAUAUUUGAUAUGUAGAUGUUCCAUUUUAAGAGAAACAUACAGUUUCUUUAUGUAAUAAAGUCAGUGAUUUUUCGAAA